AUGGCCGUCGCAGCAAACUCAACCAAAUCGCCUACAAAAACUCCAAAGGGCUCCAAGAAGGAUGUUAAAGAGGUUAAGCAAGAUGAAAGUGACAAAAAGCAAUCACCGCAAACCUCAAACAAGCGCUCUGCUGAUGGUUCACCAAAGGAGGAGAAACCACCAAUUGAGCAUACGCCACUUGAAAAUGCGCUCUUUGAGACACUCGCAAAUACAGCCAGAACUAUGGACUCACAAUUACGGGUAAUCAAGAAAAUCUUCUACGACAACGACAGGGAUCUUCAACUCACAAAGAAGAGUUUGAAGCCUUUAAAGGACCCAGAAGCUCCAAAGAGACCUGCUUCAGCUUACCUCCUCUUCCAAAAUGACAUGCGCCUCAAGAAAGAUCCAUCCCAAACUCAACCUCAAUUCAUGAGUCAAGUUGGCAAGGAGUGGAACUCAAUUGAUCCUGCUGAAAAAGAAAAAUAUAACAAAAAGUACCAAAAGUCAAUUGAUGUGUUUGAGCAGCAAAGAGAUGAGUACGUUAAGUCUGGUAGGGAGGCACUCUGGCGCAAAAAAGGAGAGAACGAAGGAUUUUCAACAACGCCAGCUCCAAAGAAGCCAGCUGAGAAAAAACCAAAGCAAGAUACGAAGGAGGAGAAGAAGAUUGCAAAGGAUGAGCCAAAGUCCUCAAAAGCUACUGCUAGCAAGAUGGAUGAGAAGAAGGAGACGGCUCCAGCAUCCAAGACAUCCAAGCCAAAGAAAGAAGAAAAGCAACCAGAGCCAGCACAAGAGUCGGAGGAGUCUUCAGAAUCUGAAUCAGGCUCAGGCUCUUCAGAAUCUGACUCAUCGGGAUCAGGUUCAUCCGAGUCUGACUCUUCAGAAUCUGAAUCAGAGCCAGAGCCACAACCAGAGCCACCAAAAAAGGCUGCUAAGAAAGAAUCUGGCAAGAAGUCAAAAAAGUAA